CAAGCAGCAGAAAUCAAAGAGACUCUGUGCGCUUUACGACAGUCAGUGAGUAAAGGUGCAGCUUCAUGAACUCCCAGACCUACUGCUUUUAAGCAAAGGCAUAUAAAAGGCAGAAAGUGAGGAGCAACCCUUCUGCCCUGUGUUCACUAAACUCCCUUGUCUCUAUACACUCUUGGGUAGGAGAUGGAGUCCGGUGACGCUACUGUGCAGUACAAUCGAUGGAAUGAAGACAACAUAAACAUGAAUGUAGCUGCUUCUCAGAGUAGUGUGAAUGGGAUCUAUAACAAACUGUGCACGGGGCAGCUGGGUGUGGUUGUGAGAGUGGCCGGCUCGCUGGCUGUCAUGGCUUCCAUGUACAUUCUCGGCUACGUCACCGGAUACUACGUCCAUAAAUGCUGAUGUUGUUGAAGACAUUUCAACGUUGUGACCAACGUAUGAUGAAAUGAAUGAACUGUGAAGUGAUUUCUGUAUUCAUUCAUUCUCCAUGUAUGAAAAAUUUAAACGUUAACUUCUUGAAGCUCCAGUUUUUACCAGUGUUCUGAAUUUUAUCCUUUUAUCAUGUUUGAUUUUAUGUGCACCACUGGGAUUUGUACAAUCUAUGCUCUACAUCAAUUUUAAAUGAUAUUAAAACAUUUUAUGAAAUCA